UAAAAUCCUUCUGUUCUCCUCAUAUCGCGAGGAAGUUAAGCGCAAUCUCAUCAUCGGGACGUCGUCGGCUCGGUACCCCGACCGAUCUUAUCGCUUUAGAUCUCGCUUGAUUACUCUUGAUUCUAAAUUCUAGGAAGCUUCAAGCCCUUGAAAAUGUCGGAUAAAGAAGAAGGAGAGGAAAAUAUCCCUCGGGGGAAUGAAUGGGAGGUUGUCUCACUUACAGCAUCAGCUUAUGCUGCUUCCCCUGGUCCAAAAGAAGUUGAAUCGAAGGAUGAUGACAAUGUUGUUGCAUAUGCAGAAGCCGAAACUUCACAGGCUUUAUUCAUGUCUAGCCACUUUGUGUUCCCUCCCAGUGAGCAUGAGAACUUACCUAUGGAACCUGAAAACACUCAGAUUCAUCAAGAUAGUGUAAGCAAGGAUGUAGUCUCUGAAUUGGAAAUGUUACAAGAGGGUAGAUCUAGUUCGAAGGACGAAGAAUGGAGUAAAGAUUUGAACGUACCUGAUGAAUUAUCAGAGAUGCCGUUCGUUGAUGAGAAAAUUUACAAGGAGCAGUCCAUAUACAAGGAAGCUACACGAUCUUUACAUAGUGAAACAGUACUUGGUAGAUCAGGUGCUUACAAUGAGGAAACCCCCCCUGUUUCUGAGCUAAGCGAGUCAUCUGAGGAAGGCCUGAAUAUACCUGCUGAUGUUUCCCAGCUCCCAGAAACUGUACAGAAUGACAAAUAUUCUGGAUCCAAUCUACCAUGUGAAGCUUGGUGGAGGAGAAGGGCAGCUUCCUUAUAUGCCCAUGCGAAAGAAGCAAAUGCGGUUUGGUCCAUUUUCGUUGCUGCUGCUGUGAUGGGCCUUGUAAUUCUUGGGCAGCGUUGGCAACAAGAAAGGUGGCAGGUUUUGCAGCUAAGGUGGCAGUCCACCGUCAAUGAUGAGAAGACAUGCAGGAUGUUGGGUCCAAUAUCUCGCCUUAAGGAUGUGAUUGUGGGUGGCCACGGACGAGGGUCUUUUAUCAGAGGCAGCUCCUCAAGUGAGAGUUAAGAUGAUGACGAAAAAAGAGAGAGAGAGAGAGAGAGAGAGAGAGAGAGAGAGAUUUCUGGGUGUUAAUAUUAGUUUGUUGUGUGGUUGGCUAUUAUCAUUGUGUCAAAGCUACAUAGCUACAUGUUAAAAUGUAUGUUGCUAUUAUUGUUAUUAUGAUGCUUGUAUACACUUUACAGUUGGGGUUCAUUAAUCUUUACAGUAGGUCUUGCUGCCAAACUAGCUAGAAAUAGGUGCCAAAAGGGUCUGUGCCCAUGGGAACCAGGAAGUUCCGGCAAGAUCCUGCAAGUGGUUGUCACUACCACAUUGAAUAUUGCCGUAUGUUGUGACAACUGGUGGGCCAUGAAAAGAAGUGAUGCACUUUUUGAUGUCGUUUACCAAAGCAGGUUAUAAACAUUACAUGGUUCCCUUCUAUUUGCUCUAUCCCAUUGUUGUUUCUUGAUGGAAGUAGCAGUUGGAUUUGGUGAAGGUGUUUUAUUAUGAUGUAUUGGAGGUAUCAAGUUAUCCUUGGUUCAGAAAUUGUAUGCGGUAAUUAGUUGAUGUUGGGCCCAAGAGUUUGAGCUUCUGAUCAAUGUUUGAUUGGACUUUGAUAUUGAAACCGGGAAGAACUAAGUGCUUUUCGUGCC